UGUAAAGUUGUUUAUUUUAGAAGCACAUCAGUCUCAAAAGCAAAGUCACAGACGUUGAAGUCCAGGCUAAGUUUUGGUGCAAAGUCCCAGGCAGAAGCAGAAGCUGCUCCUGGAGGUCCCAGUGGGGCUGAUGUUGCUGUGGCAGCUCCUGUUUUCUUUUUGGGUGUUGAUGAUGGCAGUGAGCAAAGCAAAGCAAAAGCAAGUGGCAAAAACCAUGGAAAAAAGCACCAGCUCUCCCCAAUUCUUGCUCUUAUAUAGAAACUUCCCAACAAGCUAAGACAGAAACUCGCACCUUAACCUAUUAGAAUUCCAGUUUUUUAACACUAGGUUAUGUAUAAACUAUGUACAUGGUCUAUCUUGUUCUAUCUAAAAAAUGUAAGAAAUAUUCUUAUUAUAGCUCUAGUAUGUCUAAAACUAUGUUCUUGAAGCUUCCACAGAAAACACUAGUGUCUAAGAUUAUUUUUUUCAAUCUUUACUAGAACUCGCACUUUGGCAUCUGAGAGCUUUUACUCACUAAAAGCACUUAAAGCUCGUUCUAAAACUUAUUUAUUCUAAAACUUACACUUCUACUUGAUGUGUGAGUGGCUUAACAUGCUCCAAUCCAUGCACAGGCUUUAAUUCAACCCCUGACUUCUCUCUGAAGAAUCCAGAGCGACUCCUGACUGGCCGGCUCCAGCACGCAGGGUUUUUUUGAAUCGCUUUUCCCGGGACACAAAGCAGGCAGUGAGCGCUCUGGCGGAGCAGAGCAGCUGCCGCGGGCUCUGCAGGGUGAAUAAUUGAUGUGCUGGCAGCUGCUGGCUGUCGCUGUCACCAGCCGGGUGCCGGGAGCGGGGCAGCGCAUCCCGGGGAUGCUGCGGGUCCCGAAUCCCGGGAUGCUGCGGGUCCCGAAUCCCGGGAUGCUGCGGGUUCCGAAUCCCGGGAUGCUGCGGGUCCCAGACACGGGGAUGCUGCGGGUCCCGAAUCCCGGGAUGCUGCAGGUUCCGAAUCCCGGGAUGCUGCGGGUCCCGGACCCGGGGAUGCUGCGGGUCCCGAAUCCCGGGAUGCUGCAGGUUCCGAAUCCCGGGAUGCUGCGGGUCCCGGACCCGGGGAUGCUGCGGGUCCCGAAUCCGGGGAUGCUCCGGGAUUCUCCCCCGGUCACCCGCGUGUUCUGCACCGUGAGCUGCCCUGCCCGCAGGGAACCGGGCCCUUGGGGGGUGACACAGAAGGGCUGGAGCCCUGAUGGUCAGAGGACAUGCACAGGCCUUCAGCAGGAGAGUGGUGUGCAGGGAAAAUCGAGCCCUACCAAGGAACAAAACUCAGCGUUGAUUUCCCCAGCAAUCAUCGCCCAGAGUGGUGAGGGUGAGCCCAGGGGGAGCCAGCCCUCUGUGCCCAUGCAGGCUCCGUGUCCCAGCCCCGGCUCAGCCAUCGCCAGCAGCGCGUUCCUGGUGCCUCCCAGCCGGGUGGAGAUCCAGGCAUCCUCAGCGGACACCGUGUCACCACCAGGCUGUGCCGGCGCUCAGCACAGCCCGAGGCAGCAGGGAGGCUUUGCCUCCAUCACUGUCACAGCCAGGCGUGUCCCCGGGUGCCCUGCAGAGCUGGCACCAGCCCCCGGGGCUGCCCAGGUGUCCCCCACACCCCGCAGUGUCCCCGCUCUCCUCCAGCGCUGGCCUCCCCCGCACAACCAGCCUCCUCCAAAGCUUCCCAAGCCUUGCCCAAAACUGGGCGAGGAACCCCCAGAGCAGCUUUCUGAGCCUGGAAUCAAGGAGGAUGGUGUGGCUCUUCAAAGCAGUGAUGGGAGGGAGGAGAUGUCCCCUUCAUUCAUCGCCAGUGUCCAGCUCCAGCUCUCUCAGCCCUCUCCAAACUCCAUCUAUUACUUAGACAAAUCACUCAGUGUGUGCAUUGACCAACCUCGAGCUAAAUGCCAAAAAAUGUACAGAUCCACGCUGUCCUUGAGGCUGAAGUGCAGUUUGUCGGGAUUAACAGCAGAUGGAGCAGAUGGCAUAGCUAAUGGAGAGCCCAUGGAGGGCAGAGCUCCGGGGCACGUCCCCGGAGCGAGCGGGGCUCCAGGCACGGCGCACCUGAGCUCGGGAAACUGGGGAAUCCAGAAAGGGAGAGCCAAAGAAGGACAUCGGGGCACUAAACACCCUUUGCAAAGUGUCUUUGCCCCGGGACUUGCAGCGUCUGUGGAUAUUCCUAGAGGACCUCGCCAGGCAGAGGCACAGCAGGAGGAUGAGCAGCCUGGCAGCCACCGCGGCGUGUUCUCCCUCCGAAUCCCUCAUUCAAGCAAUGAGGCAGGAACACCAAUGCUGUUGGGAAGCAGGAAAAGGAGCAGCACAACAGCCCCUGGCUCCCCUCCAGACCCAGCCCCCAGAGAAACCAUUGCUGCUGCUACUGAUGGCUCAUCCAGCAGGGCAGAUCCCUCCAAAGACACCUCCAGCUCCAAAGAGAUCCAAGCACAGGGUGUCCUGAAACCAGAAAUGUCUGUCUCCAGCAGGGUGUGCAGCACAAAGGCGUCAUCGAGAAUCCUCCGGGAAGAAAAUGUUCGUGGGCAACAGCAGCUCCUAAAAAGCGAUUGUGGAUUCCCUGGUUGGAGGGACAGAACGAAGGAGCUGGAGGCUCAGGAGGAGAGGGAGCGAGCCAGGAGGGUGGCACUGUCCAGGGUGACACUGUCCAGGGUGUCACUGCCCAGGGGGACCCUGCCCAGGGGGACCCUGCCCAGGCCCUGCUCUCCAGCUGUGACCUGGCCACAGUUCAGCUCCCAGCCAGGGAAAACUCCAGCAGCCCCACGGACACUGCGGGAAGCCCUGGAGCUCCACAACCCCCAGUUCAUCUCCCGCUCGCAGAAGAGGCAGAAGAGGCUGCAGCUGAUGGUGCAGCUCAGGAGGGCUCAGCAGAGGGAGGCUGCUCCAGGCACCCCCCGCGCGCUGCCCCGCAAGCUCUCCACGUCCUCUGCCCGCAGGAAGAAGCAGUUCACCAUCCCUGACCCUCUCAGUGACAACCUCUUCAAACCAAAGGAAAGAGUCAUUCCCGAGAAGGAGAUGCACAUGAGAUCUAAAAGGAUUUAUGACAAUUUACCUGAGGUGAAAAAGAAACAAGAAGAGAAGCAGAAGAGGAUCAUCAUCCAGAGUAACAGGCUGCGUGUGGAGAUGUUUAAAAAGCAAUUACUGGACCAGCUCCUUCACAGAAACACAGAGUGACAAAGGAGCCUCUUGCCCAUCAUCCUAAUUGGAUCUUGAAUGCCUUUGACUGCUGGAUAAGCCAUAAAAUUAACUGUUAUCUCAAUUACCUGGAGGUAUUUUUCUUAUCUUUUUAUAAAGAAAGAUCAUUUAUGUUUCAAUCGAAAUUUUAAGGCAACUUUCAAGUAAUCAAAAACAGCCUAGAAGGGAGCACAGCUGUUCCAGAGCAUCACCUUUUGGUCAGUUUACCCACAGGAAAUAAUUUUAACAUUUUUUUAAUGCAAAUACUGAAUUAUAGGGGUAUUAUUUUUCUUAAUCUUUUUUUAAAAAGUACACUUCUCUGUAGCAAUAGCCCAGUGUUUAUAAGAUGUGGAAAACUUAUUUCUCUGAAGUAUUUUAUUAAUUGAUUUCCUGUGAGUUAAAUCCUUGAAGAAAACUGUUAUUUGUUAUGUUUAGGAACCAGUUGAAAUAGCAUUACCACAUCAUCAGAGCAGCAGCAGUUUCACAUUAAUGCUUAACAUUCCAAAAGGGACCAAUAUUUCAGCUUUCUGAAGAACUCCAUUCCUGUUCAUAGAGUGAAACUCCCUAGCAAGCUCUCCCACUAAAAUCCAAUAUUUAAGUAUUUGUUUAUAACACUUUUUCACGUUUUUCAUUGUAACAUAAGUUCUACUCCACUUCUGUGAGCACAAAGUGUUUCUAGAAAUGGCAGAGGAGGGAGUGGUGCCAAGAAGGAUGUUUGCAUCAAAACUUGCAGAACUCAAACCAGCUGUCAUGUUUCCUCCAAAAAAAUAUUUAAAUCUUUAUUUGUACAUGUUGGAAGUAAAAACAAGCAGCUCACAAGGCAAUGGAGUUUAUUUAUGGAAUAAAGUAUGAGGAUAAUAUUGAUCC